AUGUCUGAGGAAAAGACUCUUACUCUGUCACUCGUUGCACCACUGCUCGCGCAGCUGUUGCAGGACACACAGGACAAAGUAGGCGACCCAGCGCUGGUCAGAGACAUCAAACGAAGCAUCAGUCAAGAUCUUAAGAAGAGAUAUGCCAGUCCAGUAGAGAAGAACACCCUCUACACAUCAUCAGCCCUUGACCCAAGGUUUAAAACCCUGCCGUUCCAGGAGAGACAGGAAACCUAUGCCAGAGUGGUUACUGAGGCUAUAACCCUUCAGGAAGAAAUGAGGCAGCAGACCAUGUCUGAGCCAGAAGCCCAGGAACAUCAGGAGGAACCUGGCUACACUGAAGAGGAUCCCGUACCCCCUGUCAUACCAGCCAAGAUGAGGAAAUGUCCGCUGUGGUGGGGGGGGGUCUCCUCCUCCGCCCUCAGGGCUCCUGGGGGGGCUCUGGUUCUCCUGCUCUCCGUCACGCUGCUGUCUGGAUUCAGCCCGCUGUGCAUCGCUCGGGGAGGGGGCUGCUGCAGCAUGGACCCACGUUUCCGGCGCAGGCUGCUCAGCCUGAUCAGCUGUUUUGCAGGAGGAGUGUUUUUGGCCACCUGUCUGCUGGAGCAGCUGCCGGACUACCUGCAGAGCAUCGAGGAGGCCUUCAGCAGCGCGGGGGUCACCCUUCAGUUCCCUCUGCCUGAGUUCAUCAUGGCGAUGGGUUUCUUCCUGGUUCUGGUUCUGGAGCAGGUCAUCCUGGCCUUUAAGGACCAGCCUCAGAUGAAUGAGUGUCACGCUCUGCUGCCGAACUCCAGCGUCAACUCCCACCGCCACGGCGCGUCAGAGGAGUCCGGCGGCAGCCUCUUCCACGUGGACCUGAGCGCGCAGUCGGCCCUGCGCUCCUUCGUCCUGGUCUUCUCGCUGUCGCUGCACUCCGUGUUGGAGGGGCUGGCCGUGGGCCUGCAGGAGAUCUACGUGGCAAGGCAAGUUCUGACUCUGGGGCUGAUGGUCCACAAGAGCAUCAUCUCCUUCAGCCUGGCCUGCACGCUGUCACGGGGCCGGCUGCAGCUCCCCCUGGUGGCCGGCUGCCUGCUGCUGUUUGCCGCCAUGUUGCCGCUGGGCCUCGGCCUGGGCUCGGCGCUCUCUGAGACGAAGGCGCCCCGGCAGCACCGGCUGGCCCGCUUCACGCUGCAGGGUCUGGCGGCGGGAAGUUUCCUCUACAUCACCUUCAUGGAGAUCCUGCCGCACGAGCUGGGCUCCGGAGGGAACCGCAUCCCCAGGGUGGCCUCGCUGCUGGCCGGCUUCGCCUUGGUCACCGCCGUGCUCUUCAUCAAACUGUAAUCAUCCCAGGGAGUUCAGCAGGAUAAUCUCCAUAUAUUAACACCACUUUAUUUCUGAAGUAAGAAGCUAACACGUCACCACCG